AUGGCGAUGGGUUACUUCCGGGCGCCGAGGAGGCUGUACGGGAGGAAGCCGGAGAGGGAGCAGCACCGGGAGAGCCUGAGCGCCGCCCUGCUCGUCGACGAAGGCGAGGCAGCGGCCGCGGCCGGCGCGGUGCCCAGGGGGUACUUCGCCGUGUACGUCGGCGCGGAGGCGCGGCGGUUCGUGGUGCCGACGAGCUACCUCAGCCAGCCGGUGUUCAGGGAGCUGAUGGAGCGCGCCGCGGAGGAGUUCGGCUUCGACCAGGCCGGCGGGCUCCGCAUCCCUUGCCGCGAGGAGGACUUCGAGGCCACCAUCGCCGCGCUCGAGGAGUCGAGGCGCCGCGGCGGCGGCCGAGCGCGAGGAGCGGGCGCCGGACCAACGCGGUGGGCUCGUUGCAGCUAG